UCACGUAUGUGCAACUAACUCCUCUCUAUGAAUUGUUAUAUUGCGAUGAAAGAAAGUUUCUAUAGAGAUACAUCAAUAAUGCAUUAAUUCGUGAACACAACAUUAUUUUUUUCUUUUUUCUUCAAUUGUCUCUGUUUCGUUGGGUAUGCAAAAACUUCGAAGCAACAUUUUUUUCGAUCAACUUUUUUUUAUCGAAUAUCGAGAGACACUGCGAUAUUGUUACUCAUAUGGAAUAGUUACUGCACUUAUCGGAAUACGGAAUAUUUAUAAGACAUCGAUUAUUCUAUAGACCUUAUGUUUAAUACAUGAAUACGUCAUGUCUCGAAUAUGCGUGAUACUUGAGUUGUAGUGAGUAGUAGUGAGGAUGAAAAUAUUUUUUUUAACGGAGGAAAAUAGUAUGUGAUCAGUCUUAAAUAUGGAUACCAUUAAACAUUCGGGAUACGCAGAUUUUGAAUGGGCAGUAAAAUUAAAUCGCUACAGCUUGGAGUUCAUCGGUCUUUGGCCGAAAAUGGAAGAAACAGCGCGAGAAAAAUUAACGGCUAACAUACGAGUAUUUCUAUUGAUUAUCAUGGUAGGCUUUGUUUGCGUGAUUCCUUGUAUACAUUCCCUGAUAAGAGUUUGGGGCGAUUUGAUGUCGAUGACAGACAAUUUACAAUUUACUCUACCUUUGGUAUCAAUGAUAAUGAAACUCAUCAUCAUGUGGAGUAAAAAAGCUGAUGUCAUAAUGGAUCAUAUACGGCUUAUCAGAUGUGUUAAAAUCAUUGAAGGUACAUUUACUUUUAUGCUUCUUGGAUUAUUUCUUUAUUUCGGCACAUUGUUUAGCUUAUAUGGAUUUUUACUAGUUACUAUUAUCACUGAUGGACGUCAUUUAUCUUUCGUAAGACUGUCAUUCCUUGUAACGGUUAUUGUGAAUAUUUUCGCACACAUGUGUUUGUAUUGUGUGGUUGGAGAAUGUCUGAUAAUACAGUGCGAGGGUAUUUACCAGGCUGCAUGUGAAUAUUGUUGGUAUGAAUUGAAACCAAAGCAAGCCAAAAAUCUAAUUUUAUUGAUGAUUCACUCAAACAACCCACUUUACAUAACUGUUGGAAAAAUUUUUCCUUUGACGAUGAAUACUUUUUGCAAUUUACUAAAAACAUCGGGCGGUUACAUAUCGGUUUUACUUGCACGACAUGACUAAUAUCAUUAAUAAUAAUAAAAACAUAUUGAUAAUAACAAUAUAAACAUUAUAAACAAAUACAAUGAUACUAUUGAUCGCGAAUUAUAUUAAGUACAGACGAUAUAUAUAGAU